AUGGCGUCAAUAAUUUCAAGAACUCUCGAAAUCACAGUGAUCUCAGCCGAAGAUCUCCACCGUCAUCGGAAGCCGAUAAAGAAAAACUCAUUCGCUUCCGUUAAAAUCGACUCUCAGAAUCCCGUCAGCACUCAAAUCGACGACAAAGGCGGUAGCUAUCCUCUCUGGAACAACAGAUUAGCGUUGGAAUUGCCGUCGAAUGUAAGUUUCAUGACUAUUGAUGUGCAUUCCGGAAAUUUCUCCAGACAUAAGAUCGUCGGUACUGUGAAUGUUCCGGUAUCGGAUUUUUUAAGUGGUUUCUUGCCGGAAAGUUAUCUGCAUUUCUUGAGUUACCGAUUGAGAGACGGUAAAGGUGAGAGAAAUGGGAUUGUUAAUAUUUCCGUGAGAGUUUUGGUGCAUGAUAAUUAUGUUGCUUCGUCCAGCUCCUCUUCACAGUCGCAAAAUGUUAAAAUUCCGGCUGAGAAAAGUAAUAUCGGAGGCGGGGGCGGCGUUGUGAUCGGAAUCCCUAUUCGGAGUGGUGAUCGUAUUUGA